AUCAAGGUAGGAGGGUAAGAAAAUGAAGCUCAAGAGCCUCUUGCUUCGGUAUUACCCACCAGGAAUUAUGCUGGAAUAUGAAAAAGGUGGAGAAUUAAAGACCAAAUCUAUAGAUUUGCUUGAGCUCAGUCCUAGUACUGACGUCAACACUCUAGUAGGAGAAAUCCAGAAAGCAGAGCCUCUGAUCACAGAGUCUCGGACAGAGCAAGUCAGACUCCUCGUGCAGCGACUGCAGGAGAAACUCAGGCAGCACUGCGACCACAGUUUCUACCUGUUUAAGGUUCUCAGAGCACACAUCCUGCCGUUGACCAACGUGGCACUCAACAAAGCAGGAUCGUGCUUCAUCACAGGAAGCUAUGAUCGGACGUGCAAGGUGUGGGACACGGCAUCCGGAGAGGAGCUUCAUACCCUGGAGGGCCACAGGAAUGUGGUUUACGCCAUAGCCUUCAACAACCCUUACGGGGACAAAAUUGCCACUGGGUCCUUCGACAAGACCUGUAAGCUCUGGAGUGCAGAGUCGGGAAAGUGUUACCACACCUUCCGGGGCCACACGGCAGAGAUCGUGUGUCUGUCAUUCAACCCUCAAAGUACAGUGGUUGCUACAGGAAGUAUGGAUACAACAGCCAAACUAUGGGACAUUCAGAAUGGAGAGGAAGUGGUCACUCUAACAGGUCAUUUGGCAGAAAUCAUUUCCUUGUCAUUUGACACUUCAGGGGACAGAAUAAUCACAGGGUCCUUUGACCACACAGUUGUUGUAUGGGAUGCUAGUACUGGAAGGAAGGUGCACACUUUAAUUGGCCACUGUGCUGAGAUCAGCAGCGCCUUGUUCAAUUGGGAUUGCUCUCUCAUAUUAACAGGCUCCAUGGACAAGACAUGCAUGUUGUGGGAUGCUACAACCGGGAAAUGCCUGGCAACUUUGACAGGCCAUGAUGAUGAGAUACUAGACAGCUGCUUUGAUUACACAGGGAAACUCAUUGCAACAGCUUCUGCUGAUGGAACAGCAAGAGUUUAUGAUGCAACCACAAGAAAAUGCAUAACUAAGCUGGAAGGCCAUGAAGGAGAAAUAUCAAAGAUCUCUUUCAAUCCCCAAGGAAACCGUCUCCUGACGGGCAGCUCUGAUAAGACAGCCAGAAUCUGGGAUGUUCAGAGUGGCCAGUGUCUCCAGGUCCUCGAGGGACACACUGAUGAAAUAUUUUCAUGUGCUUUCAACUAUAAAGGAAAUAUAGUCAUUACAGGCAGCAAGGACAAUUCCUGCAGGAUAUGGCGCUGAUGGAGGGCCCUGCGGCAGGGCAGGCCUGUUGGCAACAGUAACCAGUAACUUGAACCUCCAGAGAACAAUAGCACCAGCAAAUGGAUAAAUGAAGUCAGAGUGCCUUUAUAGCA